GGAGCCCGGCCGGCAGCGAGCGCGCUGAGGCCGAAGAUGGGAGGAAGGUGUUCGAGCUCCCUGAACGGGAGGCAGCGCAGGUAUCUGCGAGGUCGCGCAGACGCCGCGAUGAAGAACUUCGUGCCCUAUUACCGGAGGCAGCUGGCGACUGCUCUUCUGAGACGGCUCUCGGGGGAGCUGGACCCCCGAGGCAAACCGGCCCUGCAGCUCCUGCCGAGCGAGCUCCGGGGGCCGCCCGACGCCGCUCUGCACGACGGAUCGCUCUCCCAGUAUGACGGCGAUUCCCGCAGCUGGCAGGAGAAUUACUUCCUUCUGCUUGGAGAUUUUACCCUGCAGUGGUUCGAAAGCGAAGAGGCCCUGAGGAAAGGCUGCGAGCCCAGAGGCUCGACCGCUCUCUCUGGCUACGUGCUGCUCUCUUCGCCGAGUGAAUACGCCGAAUCGCUCGGCGAUCUGUGCCAAGGACUCGCAGGUAACGCCGUGACGCGUCGACGGUUAAGAAAUAGGUAAGGGCCGAGGUGCGAGCGGGGUUCAGUCACCUCGGAGCGUGACGGAGGACGAGGCGAACGCGCGGGGCAGGUUCUGCGUCCAGCCGAGAGACCUCGCGCCAAAAGACGCCCUGGAAACUUCCUUACGUGUCGGCAGGGCCGUCGUGCUGGGGGCUGAACUCACGGCGUCGCCCAGACUUGGCGCUUUGGAGAGCUCACGCAGCUAAAUCCGUUGUUUUCCUUGUUUCUCCGCGUCCUCUGGCCUCUCCCCCGGCAGGCAGCUGUGCUCGGGGCUGCUGGCGGCCUGCGCGGCUUUACUUGGCCAGCUGGAAAGCUAAAAUUUGAAACCCGAGCGGCAGGAAAGCAGAAGCAGCUGCCGAGCGGCUU